AUGACGCCUUUUCGAGCCGAGCACAUCAAGGCUCUGAGUUAUCCUUAUAGGCAGAGUUUGAGCGGAAAAAGAUUGACGUUACUGGGGGUUCCACAAGAAGCGAAAGCAGCAACACCAAAGGUGGCAAAGUCGUCGGCUAGAGACAAAACAAAGCAAACUGCAUCAAAGAGAGGAGAGCUACCAUCCGCUGGGGAUCCAGCGAAAACCGAAGCACUAAAGGCAGUCUCACCAUUGCCGGUAGAGGAUCCAACGAAAGCAGCAACACCCAAACUAGCAAAGUCGUCGGCCAGAGACAAAACAAAACAAACUGCUUCAAGGAGAGGGGAGCUACCAUCCGCUGGGGAUCCAGCGAAAACCGAAGCACUAAAGGCAGUCUCACCAUUGCCGGUAGAGGAUCCAACGAAAGCAGCAGCACCAAAGGUAGCAAAGUCGUCGGCCAGAGAUAAAACAAAGCAAACUGCAUCGAAGAGAGGGGAGCUACCAUUGGUUGAAGAUCCAGCAAGGAUCGAAGCACCGAAGGCAGUGCCGUCUUCUUCAGUCGGAGAUCCACCUAAGAAAGCAGCAUUGAAGGCGGUCCAAUGGUUCCAGUCUGCACAUCGAUGGCGAUCGCCAGGGACUGGCCUUUACCUUGUGUAUAUUUCGGUAAGGUAA